AUGGUAAAAGAAACUGUUCAAUCACUGAAAGCUGAGAAUGACAAGUUGAAGGAGAAAGUAGAUACUGUUUUUGGAGAACUUAAGCAACUUAAAGAGUCCUUGAAGCAGCAGCGUCCUGACAGCCAUGAUGCAAGCAAUGGUGAUGAAGCCGGUGCUACGAAGUCUCUGGAUUUUCUGAGUAAAGAAUAUGACGUCCUUGUCAAGUUUCGCAAACAAGCCGAAGAAAGAAUAUCUGCCAUGGAGAAAUCUUUGGCUGUCAUAUCAUCUCGUGUUAAUAAUCUUGCUUCGGCAAUCGAUCAAGCCCAAGAAUACAGUUAUUCUUAUAAUGUCAAGCUUGUUGGUGUUCCGGAGAUUAAGCCGCGUGAAAAUGCCUCUGAAACGUCACAGCUCUGUCUGAAUAUUUUUAAUGCAAUUGGUGCAGAGAUACAUCCCUAUGACAUCGAUUUAGCCCACACCACGUCAAGCCGCUGAAGGUCGCCCUAAACCGAUUGUUUGCAAAUUUACUCGGCGAGUUUCUCGAGAACAAGUCAUGGCGCUCCGUAGAGAAGUGACAAAGAUAGACCCUACAAGCAUUGGCCUUCAAGAAAGCGACUCGAUAGAAAACGUAGGCCUCUGAGACCACCUUUCUCCACGUCUACAGUCACUGCUGGCAGACGCCAAGAAGGUAAAGGAAAGGCUAAACUUGGCUUUUUGUUGGGCUAAAAAUUCCGCAGUAUGGCUGAGGGAAAACGAGCACUCUCGACCGAUCGCAAUCAAGUGUGCAAGAGACUUAGACAAUUUUGCUGUCCGCCACGGAUUAUCAAGUUAA